AUGGACGAGGAUACGUUGUUACGUUUAUGUUCAACGGCAUUUACGAGUGAGGAGAUAAAACGUUCGAAAUCCUUACUUCUCGAGGCCCUUCCUAAGGAUUACAAGAUUACACAGCGUAAAGGAGAGGGCAAGGAGCUUCGUGACCUCAGUGACAUUGUACAAGUUUUAAAAACAACUGAUCCCGAUGCUGUUCCCGUGUUUGUAGCGAGGCAACUCGACAAGUUACCUGCUAUAACUUUCGACCAUUUGGAUUGCACUCGAUUGUUGAGGGACAUUGUGAAACUUCAAGAUGAUGUGAAUGUUUUGAAGUUAACUUCUGCUACAUCACAACAGUUAGACGAACUAAAAGUACAAUUAACAAAGACCGCUAUACCUUCACGAUUAUCGGUCUGUAACGUAAACACGAAUCGAGGUGGAUGGUGCCUGGACAGCGGACCUAUAGGCAUAUCAGACUUGCAUAAUUCUACAUUGAAUGAUACGGAUAACGCAUUUUCUAAUAGCAAAAGUAUGAGACCCGAAUAUAGAUCAAUAUUGUUGAAAAAUAAUAAUCAUUCUACAAUCUCAAAAGUGAAGGUGCCGCAAAAUAAAACGUCUCAUAAAAAUAACGACUUUCUGACUCAGCCACAGAGUGCAUCGCCGCUGCCUACUGUGACGUCACGCGUGACAGUUGACUCGUCGCCGUCCGCGCCGUUGCGUGAGGAUACAUCAGCUGACAAAACCGGUUCUAAUACUAUGAUGUACGGGCCUAUUGAUAACAAUGAGAGCGAGUGGCAGUUAGUUCGGCGACGUAAUAGAAAAACAAACCAUUUACGAAAAGGACAAAUGGGCAUAGCUGCGUGUGAUUCUGCUGUAAAAUUUAAAGCUGCAGAGCGGAAAAUUCCUAUUUUCAUAACGAAUGUACACAAUGACACAAAUGAAGCGGAUAUAAUAAGCUAUAUUCGCACGAAAACACGAGAAGUUGUGUCACUGGAAAAAGUUAAUAUUAAGAGGCAAUCGCAGUAUAAGGCGUACAAGUUUUUCGUGAAUCAAAAUAGUGUAGAGCUGUUCUUGGAUAAAAACUUAUGGCCUCAAGGAAUUAUUUUCAGAAAGUUUGUCAACUUCAAAUAUAAAACUACGCACAGAGUAAAUCCUGUGGAUGGCACUAGUAACGUGAAAUAA